GUCCAUGUGUUGUGUGUGUGCAUGGAGGCACAAAGGGGGCGGAGCCCUACAACGUGUGUUAAGAUGAACGUUGGAAGUUGAAACAGACAUCCGAGAUGUGAGGCCUCUAAAAAAUAAAAGCAUUGCAACAAAUAAAAUAUCGACAAAAUCGUGCCAGGAAAUAAACCCACAACCUUCCAGUUGAAAGACAACUUGCCCAACCACUGAGCCGCCAUGACUCAAACCUUGCGCCUCAUUAUUUUAUUACUUUAAAAUUCUAAAUUGCUAAACGUUAAGACUUUCACUGAGGUAAUAUUUAAUAUUAUACUUUUACUUUUAUACUAACUUUAAAUGACUUAAUACAACACUAAUCUGAACAGCUGCAACAAGUUUGCCAGUAGUGUUUUUAUUUUGAAAGGUAUGACCGGAAGUGUGCUUUCUUUGACGACUCGCACGAGACCGCCUGGAUCCGUCUUCCUUCACGUCGGUCGGCGUAUCCGUCGCGUAGCGUCGCAGCCUCGGAAGAGACGCGCGUCGACUUUCGUCUACAGCGGCUCCGUUUGUGUCGCGUGCCGAUAGCGGUUCCGUGCAACGUCGAUCGUUAUUCCCGCUGAAAAUACGCAGGGGUUCAGUUUUUGCCGGAUGACGGAACACGACGCUUCCAUUCAGCAGAGUUCAGCGUGAGCGGGACAGGAAGCCAAACACCGAUACAACACCGAGUGUCCGGGUUUUUUUUUCCUUCAGAAUAAAAGCCCCCAUGAGGAUGAUGGGCAGAGUCAAACCUGGAGCCGAGAGAAUCCCGCAGGACAUUAUGGAUCAGGAACAGCUGAUCUCUGAGGUGGAAAAAUACCCCAUAUUUUAUGACCCGACACAUCCUUAUUACACGGACAACGUGAAAAAAGAAAAAACAUGGAUCACCAUAGCAACGGUGUUGGGAGCGGAUGCCGAUCUUUGCAGAAACAGGUGGAGGACGCUGAGGGACACGUACGUCAGGUACCGGAAAAAAAGAUUGUCUUUUGCCUCAGCGGGAGGCGCUCAGAAGGAAUGGAGAUACACAGACAGCAUGUCCUUCCUCAAUCCCCACAUAUACCAAAGGAGUUCAAAAAGAAACCUUCGAGCUCUUCUCAACGAGGAGGAGAGAUCGUUAACGCCACUGUCUCACUGUGGAUCAGAGGAGGAGAAGGAGGAGGAGGAGGAGGAGCAGCCCUGUGGCAGCUCGUCUGCAAUGCUGGAGUGUCGACCACUUUCUGCAUCUCCGGUAUCGUCCAAAUCUGAGCCCGUGUCGCCUGGGGAGAGGGACAGGCCUCGGUCCCGCAGCCCGAGGGAGCGGAGGUCGGCUGCACCCACAGAAACUCUGGCAAAUCCGGGGAGGAGCAGACCACAGCCGGCAGACAGCAUCACCAUCUUACAGGCACCACCGAAGCCAGAGUCAGCCGUGGACGAGUGCUACUACUUCUCCUUAAGCAUCGCCCCGCUGCUACUCAAAAUGGACCAUUCCACCAGACAACAAACUAAAGUCGCAAUCAUGAACACCAUCAUUAGCAUGGAGAACGGCACAGCAGGCCAAACACCACCACAUCCAACUUAGCACACACACUUUUUUAAAAACUUUAUUGACGAAAUUAAACAACACAAUCCUUGGGGGUGGAGUGGCUCAGUGGUUAAGACCGGUACACUGUGUGCGAAAGACAUCAUGGUUGCAAGUUCGACUCCACCCCUGGUUGAUUGUACUCAAUUCCAUUGUAAGUUGCUUUGGAUAAAAGCGUCUGCUAAAUGACAUGUAAUGUAAUGUAAUGUAAUAACAAUCCACUUUUCUGACAAAAAAACAAUAUCAUAAACCCACAUGAUGACAUGAAUUCAAAAUGUAAUGUGUUAACGUCAAAAAAAAAGGAAAGCGGAACAAAUAAUACCCAACGUUCCCAGUCUCGCGACCUUUGACCUAACUCUCGCACAUGGCGUGUCGGCCAUGUUGGAUGCUUUCAGAGUUGUUUACAAGGGGUAAACUAAAAAAACAAAAACAAAGUUAUGUUCAGAGACGAUGACUCAGGAAUACUUUCACCUGUUUUUAAAACAUAAAGAGCAAAAAUAAACACAUGUACAUUUAAAAA